ACAUACAGCAGUACUACUACGUUACAAGUACUCCAUCCCUAAAGAAAUAUAAAAGACUAAUCUCUUAUACGAAGGAAAUAGUUUAUUCAGGGACACUACUUCACAAGAACUUUACAAACAAAAUCCACGAUCAAGCGGCAACGACCAACGACGACUUAUUAUACAUUUUUGAUCGAUUUCAAUGCCAUAUCUAAUUAAGGAGUUGGGAUGCAGGAUGCAUAGAGCUAUCUCUCCAACCUUCCGCAUCCACGUACGCCAUGGCUCGCCGUCUCCUCCUGUCCGUGGCCGUCGUCGCGGUGACGCUUCUCGCGCCGCCCGGCGCGGCGGGAUACCCGUGGCCGCUUUGCGGCCAAGCCGGCGGCUUCCCGGCGGGCAGCGAUUACAAGGCGAGCCUCGGCCUCCUCGCCGCCACCAUGCCCAGAAACGCCUCCAUGUCGCCGGGCCUCUUCGCCACCGCGCAGGCCGGCGCCGCCCCGGAGAAGGCGUGGGCCCUCGCGCUCUGCCGCGGGGACGCCGGCGCCUCCUACUGCUUCAGCUGCCUCGACCAGGCCUUCCAGGACCUCAUCAGCUCGUGCGACUACAAGGACGCCACCAUCUACUUCGACUCCUGCGUGCUCACCUACUCCAACAUCCACUUCCGCGCCGCCGACGACACCAAGUACAGCCCGGUAUACCCGAUCCGCAACCUUGCCAACGCCACGGCGGAUCCGGCGGGGUUCCAGCGCCUCGUGGCGGCGCUCGUGAACGCCACCGCCAGCAGCGCCGCCUUCAGCUCCUCCACGCGCCUGUACGCGUCCGGGCAGGCCGACUUUGACAAGGAGCUGCCGCAGGUGUACAGCUGGGCGCAGUGCACGCCGGACAUGUCGCCGGACCGCUGCUGGGGGUGCCUCGUCCGGCUCAUGAGGGAGUUGCCGACGUUCUUCACGGACGGCAUCGGAGCCAGGGUUCUCGGGAUCAGGUGCAGCAUCAGGUACGAAACCCAGCCCUUCUUCAAUGGCACCGUCACCGUGCGGCUGUCGGCAACAUCAGCCAGAGCGCCGGCGCCGGCCCCGGCGCCUAAUGUCGCGGCAGUUGGAAAAGGAAGAAGGUACAGUGUUCCUAUCAUGGUUCCUAUAAUUCUGUUGCCCAUCCUAUCAGCCACCAGCCUCAUCGCCUGCUUCUUAUUACGGAGGAGGCUGGGGCCACUGACCGAAGAAAAGCAGCCAUAUCCCAGUUAUUCCGCUGAAGCUGAAGACGACAUUGAGAGUGCAAACUCGAUGAUGAUUGACAUUUUAACACUACAAGUUGCGACUGGCGAUUUUGCGGAGAGCAACAAGCUCGGGGAAGGAGGAUUCGGUGCGGUGUACAAGGGCACGCUCCCUGACGGCAAGCAAAUAGCAGUGAAGAGGAUGUCGAAGAGCUCAGCCCAAGGAGUGGACGAGCUGAAGAAUGAACUGGCUUUGGUUGCAAAGCUCAAGCACAAGAACCUUGUCUGGCUCAUUGGUGUUUGCCUGGAGCAACAGGAGAGGCUGCUAGUCUACGAGUUCGUUCCUAACCGAAGCCUCGACCUCAUUAUUUUCGAUAGUGCAAAGUGCGAGCAACUUGAUUGGGCGAAGAGGUACAAGAUCAUAGAUGGAAUCGCUCGGGGCCUACAGUACCUCCAUGAAGAUUCUCAGCUCAAAGUAGUUCACCGUGAUCUCAAAGCCAGCAACAUCCUACUCGAUAUGAACAACAUCCCUAAGAUAUCGGACUUUGGCCUCGCUAAGAUCUUCGGGCGAGACCAGACGCAAGGUGUCACCAGCCGUGUCGUUGGAACAUAUGGAUAUAUGGCGCCAGAGUACAUGAUGCGAGGGAACUACUCGGUGAAGUCGGACGCUUUCAGCUUCGGGGUUAUGGUCCUUGAGAUCGUGACUGGGAGGAGGAACAAUGGCGACAGCUCCGGGCAGUUUGAAGAUCUCCUUACCACGGUGUGGGAGCACUCGACGACCGGGACAGUGUUCGAGGUGGUAGACCCGUCCAUGAACGGUAGGUUCAUGGAGAAAGAUGUUCUCAAGUGCGUCCACAUAGGGCUCCUUUGCGUCCAGGAGAACCCAAUGGACCGGCCAACAAUGUCCACCGUGGUCACAAUGCUCGGCAGUGAGACAUUUACUCUCCAUGCGCCCUCCAAGCCGUCGUUCUGCUCGAGGAGGAACGACGCGUGUGCCGACUAGAUUAAUCCUCAUCAACCAUCUCAGUUUUAGUAUAGAGUAUAUGUAAAGGGAUCAACGUCAUUCAUUCCGUGCAUGGACCCAAUUCAUGAUGAUUUUAAAAACUACUCCCUCUGUUUUUA